AUGGCUCAAGCACCUCAGGUCACCGGCUAUGAGCAUGAAGAUGCUUGGGAUGUGAAUUGGCUGCGCGUCGACGACGUCCAUGAACUAUACUAUCAGCAGUUUGGCAAGAAGGAUGGAAAACCUGUCAUCUUCCUCCAUGGCGGACCCGGCGGAAAUUGCUCUAAAACCAACACCGUCUUCUUCAACCCCUCUGAAUACCGGGUGAUCCUGCUCGACCAGCGAGGCUGUGGUCAAUCGCGCCCUAAUGCCAACACCACAAACAACACAACCUGGCACCUUGUCGCCGACGUUGAAGCUCUGCGUAAGCAUCUCAACAUCCCCAAGUGGCACACUGUUUUCGGCGGCUCUUGGGGUUCCACUCUUGCUCUGGCCUAUGCACAAACGCAUCCCGAAAGUGUGGGUAGUCUAGUCCUACGCGGCAUAUUCGCUGUUCGCGAUAUCGAACUCAAGUGGACGAACCAUCCGGGCGGUGUCCAAAUGCUGUUUCCUGACUGCUGGGAUGACUUUAUCAACUUCCUACCAGAGGAAGAACGCUCCGAUCAUAUUGGCAAUUACCACAAACGUCUUAUGUCUUCGGACCCUUCGAUAAGCCAUCCUGCAGCCACGGCAUGGAACAGGUGGGAGCUUUCUAUCAGCACUCUGUACCCUGACCCUAGUGCAUUUAAGAAACUUAUAGACCCAGCUUUCCUGCUUGCGCAUGCAAGGCUCGAGAUUCAUUACUUUACUAAUAAAGCGUGGUUGGAAGACGGGCAAUUGUUGAAGAAGGAGAAUGUCGAUCGUAUCAGGAACAUUCCGACGACGAUUGUGCAGGGGAGAUACGAUGUUGUCUGCCCGCCGAUCACGGCGUGGGACCUGCAUAAGGAGUGGCCGGAGAGCAAGCUGCAUUUUGUAGAUGAUGCUGGGCAUGGCGCUAUGGAGCCCGGGACGAGAAAGAAGCUGACUGAAGUGUGCGAUGAAUAUGCGAAACUGAGUAUCUAG